UAUAUUUAAAUUCAUAAUAUAAUGAAAAAUGAAAAUUUGCAGUGUAAAAGCAACCAUUGAGAAGUACAAGAAAGCAUCCUCGGAUUCCUCGAACAAUGGAUCUAUAUCUGAAGCUAAUACUCAGUACUACCAGCAAGAAGCUUCGAAACUGCGUGCACAAAUCAAUAAUUUGCAGAAUCAAAACAGGAACAUGCUUGGUGAAUCUUUAGGAGCUUUAACACUGAGGGAGCUCAAGAAUCUCGAGAGCAGGGUCGAACGAGGAAUUAGCAAAAUCCGGUCCAAAAAGAAUGAGUUGCUAUUUGCUGAAAUUGAGUACAUGCAAAAGAGACAGGAGAUUGACUUACAUCACAACAAUCAGUACCUUCGUGCAAAGGUAGCUGAAACUGAGAGAGCACAGCAACAGAUGAAUUUGAUGCCCGGAAGUUCCGAUUAUGCCCUCGUUCAGCCUCACCAAUUCGAUGCUCGCGAUUUUCUUCAACCCCAUGGCCAAGACCAACCACAUCUCCAGUUAAUGUGAAGAUGAUGAAGAUGCUGAUUCUGUUAAUAAGUGCCUUCACUAGGGC